UUCUACAUUGAUCUCAUGACAGCAAGUUAUGCAGGCAUAUAUAAAUGUUACUAUAAGAGUGCUGCUGGCUUUUCAGAGCAUAGUGAUGACAUGGAGCUGGUGAUGACAGGAGCCUAUGAAAAUCCCAGCCUGUCCGUCUGGCCCAGCCCUGAUGUGACCUCCAGAGUUCCCAUAGCCUUUAACUGUAGCUCAUCCAUAGGAUUUAGCAGAUUCAUUCUCAUCCAGGAAGAAAAAUAUAACCUCUCAUGGAUCCUGGACUCACAGCAUCAGGCCAAUCAGCCAUUCUAUGCUACUUUUGUUCUGGAUGCUGUUACUCCCAAACACAGUGGAACCUUCAGAUGCUAUGGCUCUUUUAGAAAUGAACCACAGGUUUGGUCACAAUCAAGUAACCCUCUUGACCUCAUGGUCUCAGAUUCUGUUGACCAGUCCCCUACCCACAUUGAAGAUGAACCAUCCAUGAUCACCAUGCUCACACUGCUGCUGUACUUUGGUCUUAUUUUGGAACACAGAACUGCAGUACAGGCAGGACUACUCCCAAAGCCCAUCAUCUGGGCUGAGCCAGGCUCUAUGAUUGCCCUGUAUAAACCUGUGAUUAUCUGGUGUCAGGGGCUCUCAGAGGCCCAGGAGUAUCUUCUGCUAAAAAAUCAAAGCAAAAAUCCUUGGGACAAACAAGUACCUUUAGAAACCAGAAAUAAGGCCAAGUUCAGCAUUGAAUACAUGACAGCAACUUAUGCAGACAUAUAUAAAUGUUACUAUAAGACUGCUGCUGGCUUUUCAGAGCAUAGUGAUGCCAUGGAGCUGGUGAUGACAGGAGCCUAUGAAAAUCCCAGUCUGUCCAUCUGGCCCAGCCCUGAUGUGACCUCUGGAGUUCCCAUAGCCUUUAACUGUAGCUCCUCCAUAAGAUUUGGCAAAUUCAUUCUGAUCCAGGAAGGAAAUUAUAACCUCUCAUGGAUCGUGUACUCACAGCAUCAAGCCAAUCAAUCAUUCUAUGCUACUUUUGUUCUGGAUGCUGUUACUCCCAACCACAAUGGAACUUUCAGAUGCUAUGGCUCUUUUAGAAAUGAACCACAGAUUUGGUCAAAAUCAAGUAACCCUCUUGACCUCAUGGUCUCAGAUUCUGUUGACCAGUCCCCUACCCACAUUGAAGAUGAAGCCCCAGCCUCACACCACCAAGAUCACACAGUUGAGAAUCUCAUCAGGAUGGUUUUGGCUGCCUUGGUUCUUGUGACUCUGGUGAUACUGCUUUUAGAGGCUUGGAACUUCAAGAAAGUGGAACAAGAUGCAACCAGGACAUAA